AGCACUGCUUUUGUUCAACACGAAUUGUUUAUCGAGACGAUUUUUUUUUUAACAUCCUACGGGGUUAUUAUCUGCGGAUAAAAUACAAACCGGAUCUUUUGACAAACCCGUCUUUAAAGUAAGAAGCAAACAUAAGUAAAUUUUGUAUUAUAUUACGGUUAAGUAAAACCGUAGUGUAUUUUUUAGUGUUGUGCCUGUGUUAUUUACGUGAAAUGUUUGCUGAAUUUAUUAAUUCGGGUAAGUGAGGUGAUACGGUUUGGAAACUGUGGUGGUGUGGUUAAACGAUGGCAUGGUUUAAUUCGUAGCUAAAGCGCAUGCAAAAACAAAGUUAAAAUUCCAAAUGUAGCGGGAAUGCAGACAAUAAGGCUGGAGGUACUGUGCUAUGGAUAAUGGACCAAACGCCCAAACGAAACACAAAGACAUUGUGUGCCUAAAAUCAAAAUGACAUUAAACUUUCCCGUUCUGUCAGUGAUGUGUGAGUGAUCGAAUCUCGAACGAACGUAAUGAACGGUUCGGGAACAUGGUGACACUGAUGCCCUGUGGGUACCUCGGCGGCGCCUCACCGCGCUGCAAUCUGGAUCACGAGCCUAAGGCAAAGCGAUCCCGGCCGGACGCGGGCACUGAUGUACGGUUAUCAGGCGAAGUCAACACAAGUCCUUGCGAAUCGGAAUCAACGUCUGACUCUCCACCUUCAUUGCUGCAGGAUGCAUCACUACCAGCUCUUUUAGUAUCGGGAGCUACAACAUUGUUUCAAAAUACAAAUACUUCAACAAAUACUGCAUUAAGUCUGACGUCUGUAGACAAUCUUGGCUUAGCAAACUCAGAAGUAGAAAGUUGUAGUUUACCGAACGGAUGCGUGACGAGCUCUUCACUAGCCGGUCUGGCUUUGCCCUUAACGUCAACUGGCGGAUUGUGUUCAACAACAUCAUCGUCAGCAGUUGCCUGGUUGAUGAAUGAGGAUAGCACGGGAGGUGGUGUUAAGAGCGAGGUCCGAAGCCCAGGGCUUUGCGAAGCAGACGUGGCGUUAUACGGAGAAACCUUACCCUACGACCAGUCCACAUUACCCUACCAGUAUUAUAAUAGUAUGCAACAGUAUGGGGGCGGUGGAACAGCGUCGUCAUACGUUGGGUCGACUCUGUACAACCAACCCUACGCUGCGUACCCGCCAGCGCACAACUCUAAUAACAGGUCGUCGUGCAAAGCGACGCCCACCUAUCUGAGCUAUGGCGUUGGCAGCAUGGGUACCGUGCCUGGUAACUUCGCCACGCAACCUUCACCAUACGCCUACCCUUCAUACAAUGGUGGUUUGACGCAAUCCUUUCCUAACAGUCAACAGGAAUACAGCAGUUACGCGGCGGGAUAUGCGGACCACAGUGUAGCACAAUAUGGCGGUUACUACGCCACUCCUAGUUACUCGCCCUAUGUAAGCUCACCAAGUAGCAGUGGAAGUGCUGGCCAUACUUCAUAUCAUCUAGGUGGCACUUUAUCAGAGUCUCCAUCGUCAAUGCUGCCAACUUUAACUGACACUCCGCUUUCUCCAAUCAAAAAUGAAGUCCAUGCUGCAAGUAGGAGAUGUAGAGAAAAUUCUGGUGAAAGCACAGUAAGCAGAUCAAGAGGCAGAGGUAGACGUAACACAUCUUCAUCACCAGCGCAACAUGUCCCUGAACCAGCUACAGAUAGAGUUUUUAUAUGGGAUCUUGAUGAAACAAUAAUCAUCUUCCACACUCUACUCACAGGCACAUAUGCAACUAAAUAUAAUAAAGAUACCCAACAGAUAGUGCAAUUAGGUUUUAGAAUGGAGGAACUAAUAUACAGCUUAUGUGACAUGCAUUUCUUCUUCAAUGAUGUUGAGGACUGUGACCAGGAACACAUAGAUGCAGUGGCGGCAGAUGACAACGGACAGGACCUUUCCGCAUACAAUUUCGCCUCUGACGGUUUCCACGCGGGCGCCGCACCCAACACCGGGUUAUGUGCGCCUGGUGUACGAGGCGGAGUGGACUGGAUGAGAAAAUUAGCAUUCAGAUACAGAAAAAUUAAGGAUACCUACAAUAAUUAUAGGAAUAGUGUUGGAGGUCUCUUAGGGCCAGCAAAAAGAGAACAGUGGUUACAACUGCGAGCGGAGCUAGAACAGGCAACGGACAAUUGGCUUACUCUUGCUUGCAAAUGUCUCAACAUGAUCAACUCAAGGGAAAAUUGCGUGAACGUGCUAGUUACGAACACACAGCUAGUGCCGGCGCUCGCUAAGGUAUUGCUCUUUGGCCUCGGCGGAGUUUUCCCGAUUGAAAACAUCUAUUCCGCUACGAAAACAGGUAAAGAAACUUGUUUUGAAAAGAUUAAGCAGCGGUUCGGCGAUCGGUGUACAUACGUGGCAAUUGGCGAUGGUCCCGACGAAGAAGACGCCGCUAAGAAAAAGAAUUACCCCUUCUGGAGGAUAUCGGGCCAUUCGGACAUCGCUGCGCUCUAUAACGCUCUCGACAUGGGCUUCUUAUGAUUUGCUGCUACCCUGGUACUUCGGUUCUCUUAGACUUGAAAUUUUUAGAGAAUUUAUAUGGAAAUUAAGAAUGAAAACCUGUAUUAGCCAUAAACAUAUCAGGGUCAGGGUAUUCUAGUCUCCGGAACCGAGUAGUCCGUCAAGGUUGACGUGUCACAUCACGUAUCAUUUAUCACGCAUACCUAUUAAAGUAUCAUUGGGCAUUCAGUAUAUUUCUUACCUUUGCGUAUAUUCUAAUCUUUACAAAAAAAACCUUAUCUAGCUCUACCUCUACCUCUCUUCUACCUCCAGCUCUAUUCUGUGUAAUAAACAAUAAACUUACAUUAUACCUAUAGUAAAAUGAAAAAUGUAGUAUGUAUAAAUUGAGUAAAAGAAAGACCGUCAGAGCUCUUUUGACGAGAUGCGCUGUUUACUUUUAUAUCAAAGGUUUCACAUUUGGUUUCACAAUUUUGGCAGGUGAUGCCAAAAUCGACAAACCAUGCAUACGUCAGUACAUAUCCCUGGUCAAUUAAAGUCAUACAAAUUUACUCGCGAUAUUCUUGUCCCCGACGGAAUUGACCCUGAUCCUGAUAAGUAUAGACUUUAUGGACUUUUUCGUUUAUUUAGACUAUACAACAUCGAGGCUAAUUUCAGAAAUUACUUAUCAUAUUGAAGGUCCUUUUGAACAUUUUGGAACAAACUAUAAUAUGUAGUAAUUCUGUGGUCAUACUCAUUUUUAUUCUACUUCUGUGUGGCGGUGGCAUUGCAUCUUGCAAUGCAGUGCAUCUUAAAAUGCCCUUUGUGGUAACAUCCCAUAAAGGCUCCAAGUCUGCUAUUACUCAAAAUCAAAGUCAAAAAUAUCUUUAUUCAAGUAUAGGAAAUUGUUAUCUUCUUAGCAUCAGGUGGGCCAUCUGCUUAGACCGUUAAUUAAAAGAGUGCAUUGCUGAUCAGAAAUAUACCGCCACAAACUUCUUUGACUGUUUGUUUCACAUAAUCUUUUCUAAUAUUAUAAAGAGGAAAUAUUUUUUUGUUUGCUUGCUACAAAUAUAAAACCGAUUUUGACAUUUCCUUUAGAAAGCUAAAUUUUUCACAAAGUAACAAGGUCUAUAAUUUUUUUCAAAAAAAUUUAAUAUCCUUAAGAAAUUGCAAUAAUGUGACACCUAUUAAUAGUACAUAAAAGUUAUGUAAUGCAUGAUUUAAGUACUUAUUAGUAUUUUAAUACGGUAAUUUUUUCAUUCAGUAUUUGCGUUUCUAUUUUAUGUCAUUGAUCGAGAUCGUCGGAUAUAUUACAAUAGCAGACUUUGGCCUCCGACUGCUGGUAUAUUAAAUGACUAAAGAUUUCCGAUAGUGGUGGCAUUUUGACGAUUAAACCAUAUCAAUAACCUAUAUACUAUAGCCUUAGUAGUACAUAUGCUCGCUCGCAAUCGAGGAGUCGUGGUAGUUUUAAAAACUGUAUCGUCAAAGUAAAAUGGACUUAAUAACACUCGUUUUAGAGUCGCCAAUCCUGUACUACUGAAGUUUUUUACAAACGUUCUAUCAAAAGUAAGAGAUGAAAAAUUGUAGGCAUAUUUGAGCUUUAAAUUUAUUCAAAUAAGACCCAUUUUACUCCGAUGUUCGAGUAUGUACAUACUAGGAAACGAUUCCUCGAUUAGCGAGAAAAUCUUGUACUAAAGCUACAGUGAGUACAUUUUUACUAUUAAGUACAUUUUUGUAUUCGUUUUGUAAGUUUUUGAGCUUUCACAUUUCUCUGCAAUGAUAACUUAUGAUUUAGUUUAAAGCUCAAAGUCAGCUCAAAACAUGCGACGGCGAACGUUUCUAGAUAUUUUUUGUAAAUAUUUAUUCAAUUGUAGUUCAAUAAAAAAUACGUUAGGAUUAUUCUAAUUCCAUUCCUACUACGUAAGUUUUUAUAAAUUCUAUACAAUGUACAGAUUAUUUUUAUUUUUUAGUAACUAAAAUUUAAAGUACAGACAUUUAGAUUCCAGGAAACUUUUUGCUUUUUAGUCUUUUGCUGAUGAAAUUGAUUUAAUCGAUUCUCAACCUUAAACAGUUAAAACAUUUACACUUUAACUUAUAUUUAUAAUAUUUGCUUUGGGAUUGAGUUGUAAACGUGUGAAGAUGCAUUUCAUACAUGCAUAAACGCAGUGGCUACCUUAAAUGGCCCGAAUUUCCCCAUCCCAACCGACGACCUCACUGGCGUAGUCGUGAGCACUGUGGUAACUCCCGGAUUCGAUCCCCGGGAUUCCGACAAAUACGUGCCGCGUGGUACGACAGUGUGUAGGAUUGCACAUCGCUUACCACGAGGUGUGAUUGCGUACAAGAAAAGAAAAUAAAAAUUAUGCCUAUUUAACAGGCACUUAUAAUAUUUUACCCACAGAAUGCUGGCCAAAUUUUUGAUACUACCUAUUCCGCGCAAAACCAUGUGCCAGCCACUGAUCUAAUCACCAUCAUUCAUUCAUGUUAUUAAAUAGUAUUUCUAUAAUGCACAAUAAAUUAUCAGAAUACAAGUUUAGAAAACUUUUCUCAAAAAAUAGCAUCAAAAUCGGUUGUUAUAUGAAGCAGUAACUAGAGGGAGUGCAGGGAAAACCUGUUGCUAUCUCACUCGCACUACAGUUCGUAACGUAUAAGAUGCUACUUCGUGCUUCUUUUUCUGUUUUUUUAUAAUUAUCUGAUAUGUAUUUGUUUUCUACUUUACAUUAUGUUCAAACUAACUAAUUGUAACCCUUCUUUGCGUACGAAAACAAAUUUAAAUUAUCUUUACGUUAUUUGCGUUAGAGAAAAAAGAGACAGUUAGUAUUUGAGUUCUUUCGUAGAUACGCAAAUAAAGUUGAUUUUUUUUCGGUUCGUUGGCCUAUGUUAAAAAAACUGAUUUGAGAAACUAGAAACUUUAUGUACUGUAUGUGUGUAAUUUUAGUAACAGCGACUCAAUUAUUACGUACAGACUUCUAAACAAAGUCGCUUUGUAAAAAAAACCCUAUCUCAUUUUAUAUUACAUAUAUUAUGUUAAUUUAAAUUAAGCUAAAUAUUUACUGCCAAAUAGCUGACAAUAUACUGCAAUAUUUAAAAAAUGUUAUUCUACGUUAAACACUACUAUAUUAAUGCUUUUUGAUGUUUUUUCAAUGUACAGAUGUUAUUUUGUAGUCAUACUUUCGACAGCUGUAAUAUGUUUUGUGUUUAACAUCAUUCUGAUGUAUCUGAAAUAUGUAUCUUUGUAAUUUGGAUUGUACACUUGUGUUUGUGGCUUAAGGGUCUUUUAAAAUUGGGGUGAGAAACGCACGGGACUCGAGCAGUCAACUUUCAAAUCAUUGUUAGAUACAGAACGUUCACAGUUAAAACUUCUACUUAAAUUAAGACACAUGUUCAAUUCGCGCAUGUGAAAUUGCGUCAGUUUGAAAUUCAAUAGCAAUUCGCUGUCUCGCUUAGACAGCGAAUAUUUGCUUGUCGCGUUCCGUGUAGGAUACGCCUCAGUUUCAUGAAGCCCCUGAAAUGGCCCUGGCUGGACUGCCUCGUUGCAAAACUUAUCUCCAGAUCAUUGUAUUAUUAUUGAUAGAUAACUUUUUAUUUCGCCAGUUGUAAUAGUUUAGAAGAAAUCGACAUCGAACAUAGUUUUCCAAUACCAAAUCCUAAUACCUAAGGGUCUUGAUUUUAUCUACAGCUAAGUUAACAUAGAAGCCUAGGUAGAUACAGUUUGACCAUUCGCACAUAUUGUGUCGCACACAUUUUAUUUUCAGAUUAGUUUAAAAUUUGGAUGGCUUUGUUUUUACCUUUCGCUCGCAAUGCUAACUGUACGUACAAUUUCAUAAGCACGCAGAUCUAAGUAAGUAUUAAACUAUUAUUUUUGUUUAGUACUUUUUGCACUGAAAGUGCAUAAAUAUAUAAAA